GUUUUGUUUUUGAUUGUAGUUUUUCAGUUUCGUUAUCGGCAAAGGCUACCAGUAGUAGGAAAGUCCGCAGCGAUCAUUGCUGCUGGCGCUAUGGGCUGUUGCUGUUGCUUCAGCAGCAGCUGCUAACUGAAUGCGCGUGUGUCAUGCUGGAUGCGUUUGUUGCGCGCAGUUGCAGCGGUCGACCGCGGACGGGCUGCAUAGUGCACCCCGUGUUUCUCAUGGCAGGCAUUCGGACGAGCCAGUGAACAUGAGAAACUUUUCCCGGACGUGACGGAGGGACCGCUCAUUGACCGUCUUGAAGCCCGCACCAAUCGAAACUGUAUAAUCUGCAAUCUGGACGCUAAUCUGUGUGAUUGGCUGGACGGCGAUUGCGGAAUUCGUUUUCUUUGACUUCAGUGCCUCUGCAUAUCAAGGAUAAUUAGAACAGUGUCUGCCAUGCCUCCAGAAAGCACACCAGCCAACAAAAUGCUCCGAGAUUUCCAGGUGUACAUCCUGACAUGGAAUGUAGUCUGUCGAGCACCAAUCGCAGACCUCCGCAGUGCCUUGGGCCUCGAGCCUCCCAUAAUUCCAGAGGCAUUACCAGACAUGUACGCCAUUGGGUUCCAGGAGGUGAGUGCAAGACCUCAGCACCUCCUGUCCCAAGCCUUUUUUGAAGAGCCCUGGAUUCAAGCCAUCAGGAAUGCCCUGCACAAGUACAGUUAUGUCAAGGUGAAGCAUGUGCGCCUACAGGGCCUCAUCUUGACCAUCUUUACCAAGCGCGAGCACCUGAUCCAGCUGCGGGGUAUCCAGUCCACAUACACUAGGACUGGCCUUGGAGGUGUCUGGGGCAACAAAGGUGGAGUGACGAUACGGCUUUGUGUCUACGGUUGCUCUAUUUGUUUUGUCAACAGCCAUCUGGCAGCUCACGAGAGUGAAACAUUCCAACGGAUAAAUGAGUAUAACACAAUAAUUGAGAAGCAAAGGUUUUUUGACACACAGGCAACAAACAUUUUGACGCACGACUACACGUUUUGGUUCGGGGACCUGAACUUCCGUGUGGAUGACUGCACCCUGGAAGAAUUGAAGGCUUCUAUUGAGAACAACACCUACGCCCAGAUGCUGCCGAAAGACCAGCUGAACCGCGUGCGCAGCAAAGGUGAAGCCUUCCACGAGUUCUGCGAAAACGACAUUACCUUCGCACCAACCUACAAGUUCCAGAUUGACCGCAUGGGCUACAACUUCAGCCAGCGCAAGCCGGCCUGGACUGACAGGAUUCUCUACCGCUUCACCAAGAACGCCUACGAGAAUGUGACCCUUGAUCUAAAGCAGCACCAGUAUGUCAGUCAUGAUCUGUACAUCCAGAGUGACCACAAGCCCGUGUCUGCUUUCUUCACUUUGAAAGUGUUUGCCAAGCCUGAGCAGCCUGUCAUCUACUUUCUUCCUGUGGGUACCUGGAUCAUCAAUCAGGACAGUUUUGCCUGGUACUACACAAGUGCGGACACCGAACUCAAGUCCUGGGAUUGGAUCGGCCUCUACAGAGAAAACUUCAGUAGCCUGGAGGACCACCUAGGCUACGUGUGGGCGUCAACGCGUCCGACGGACGUCUAUCCCACCCACCUGCGAUCACGUCGCAGCCGAUCGCGCUCUUCUCGAGGCAGCCAGUCGAGGCACGCCUCUGCAGGACCUGGUGCAGCCCCUGGUGCAGGCCCUGGUGCAGCCCCUGGUGCAGCCCCUAGUGCAGCCCCUGGUGCAUCCCCUAGUGCAGCCCCUGGUGCAGCCACUGGUGCAGCCACCGGUGCUGCCACUGGUGCUGCCACUGGUGCUGCCACUGGUGCUGCCACUGGUGCAGUCACUGGUGCAGUUGCUGGUGCAGCCAGUGGUGCAGGCACCAACUCAGAUGGUGGCACCCCAAGUGUGGCCACACGUCGCACCAACAGAUCGCCGGCCGAAACAGAAAAUGCGGCACGCUCCCUCUCUUGGCCGCGCAACUCGGCAGACGAGCCAGGCGAUCCCGAGCCCAAUUUGGAAGGACGGCAGAAUCAGCCGUCACGGUCUGCCUCCAAUGUGCCUGCCGCGACCCCGCCUGGUGACAGCACUGCCGCAGCGGAGCAGGCGAGGCAAGGAAGCAGUGCCGCCAGGAAGCGCGGAGAAGCCACAGUUAGCUGGAGGCGUCCGUCGAGCCGGCAGCAGUCCCCGCCGCGCGUCUCACCAAGCGACAGCCUUGUUGAUGGCGGCAGUGUCCGUGCCGACACGCCUCCCGACAAUGGCAACGCAACGCCAAUGGAAGGGAAAAGCUGCUCAGAGCAGGGUGACGAUGCUGCUGAAGAUCCUGGUCGGCGUUCGUCGAUGGGAGCGUUGGCUACAGCCAGUCGCACGGACAACGCUGUGGGACAGGAUGCCGUUCCCCAGCAGCAGAAGCCGUCGUCACACGAGCGCGUCUUCUACAGGGUGCUCUUUGGCGACCAGACGCUGCUGGUGUCGGGCAGGUACCGACUGGUUUAUCUGCGCGGCCAGUCUGACGUGCUCGGCAUGAGCGAGCCCUUCAAGAUGCUGCACAAGCGCAAGAAGUGCAGAAACGCAGACAUGGAGGCAAAUUCAUGAUAAGAUUAAGGCAGCUGUCAGCUGAAGACUUCACAUGGGUGGCUGCCACUCCGACUGUAAAUAGGAUUAGCAAUAGACUGAUUGCGGUAGGAUUAGUGUAUGUUAAUGUUAAUAAUUGUCAAAUAUAAUUCGCGGAAUAGACCAUCUCUACUGGUAACGAGUGGCAGAAGAGAACUCUGCCUAGAAUCAUGUAUCUCAUGACGACCUGUGCUUUGCACAAAACUGGUAUAUACUCUGCGAUAGCUGUGCUCUCUUUGAUAAAAUUAUGCACGGCUGUCGGCAUGCACGGAGAGGUCGCAUAUGCAACACCUUGUUCAUAAAGACUCGCUACUGUCACGUGGAGGUGUGUCGUCCCAUUUCAAUUUUUUUUGUACGGGAACAACUCAGCUUAGACAGAAAGGUUAUAUUUUCGUACAGUGUGACUGUCUGCUCCCCAUGCGUUACUACUAGCUUAUGCUACUGAUGUCCACGUUUAAUGUUGGAUUUGAGGCCUUCUGUGAACUGUUGUUUGCAUUGACCUGCACGCAAAAAUCUCCUUAAAUUUAAGCCUGGUGUCUAACAGUGUAGUAUUGUUGACACAUCAAACGACCGAAUUUUUUUAUAUAUCAUUUUGUUAUUAGUAGAAGUAUCAUACUUAGUCGUGACCCAGGAGUUCUUGUGAUACCAAUCCCAACAGUUUUUGUGAUAUUGAUCAAGCUCACUCUGCUGUGCCUUGAGCACAGGCUGUAGGCGAGGGAAAGCAAGCGGCAAGAGCUGGAUUUUUAUGGCCAAAAGUACUAAAGAAGUGCAAUGUUUACAUUUACCUGUAGGCUGUUUGUUUAAUGUAUGGAUACUCGAUCUCUCUUUGCAUUUAUUCAUUCCAUGAUGUUGUUUCGGAGGAUGUAUGUAUUAACUGUGGUACAAAUGGUUAUUUCUUCGUGCGAAGCACGUGCAAUAUUCCUCUUUUGCAAAGUAUUGUUUUUCCUUGUUCAGGAAAAUAAAGCAAGCAAGCCAAAAUGUC